AUGGACUUGGAAUUGGAGUAUGGACAUUACUGGGUGGCGUAUGUGACCCCAUUGGUCGGUGCAUUGACGGAAGUGAUUUUGGCUCCGUCGCAAACGUUGGAGUUGCGCGGGCGUGCUGAGGAUGUGUUAUUUGCGAUGUUGACUCGGUUGUCAACUCGGGUGAUGACGCCUGGGUGCUGGCGGCAUCUAAUGGGUUUGAUGAUUGGGUUGUUUGAAGCUCUCCUUUCGCGCGCGAUUUUGCCUACACGACAGAACCUGAUUCCGUUGGAAGCAUGGUUGGGUCGUUACUUCAACUAUGCCAAACAGCCGGUAGGGGAACGUGCUUUGGAGGAGGUGUCUUCUAGCUGGUUGGGUAAGACUGUGUUGGUCACCUUUCGAAACCUCUGUGCCCUGACCUUCGCCAGUCCCUACGCCGGCGAGCGAGACGAAUACCUCACCGUACUCCUCUACUGCAUCGGCAUCUACUACACACAGGCCCAGGAAACCAUGGCCCGUCUGGGCGACGAUAUGCUCAAACACCUAGGGACCUUCGCAAAACAAUUCACCCACACACAAUGGGACAUCUUCGUACAGUUCGUCACCUAUGUACUCGGCGGCACCGAACCCAUUGAACUACUCGACACCGAACAACCUGGCGACUCUCUACCCCAACUACCCAUCGACUUCAACAUCGUCAUGGCCAAAAGCAUACUCCAACUCCUCCUCAUCAGUACAUCAACCAACCUGCACCCCUCGCUAUGUACCUUCACUACAUAA